AUGUUCUUCAAAUUUGUAAAAAAUAUUUUUUUGAUUUAUUUAGUAACGAUAAAUAAAUUAUUAUCAAAUUUUCUAGGAACAGCAACAAAUGAUAUGAAACAAAUGCCGACAACACAGGAAUGGGAGAAUGAUCCGAGGACAAUUGAACUUCGUAAACAGUUAAAUGAUGCUCUCGAUCGUGAACGCACUUCUCAGCACAAACUUCAAAAGACUGUUGAUGAGUUGCUUGAUGCACGUUUAGAGAUUGAUGUUAAAAAUGCAAAAAAUGAGCGUUUAGAGAAGAGACUUAAAAACGCAAAUGAUGAAUUGGCUAGUUUGCGUGAACAAUUGGAUCAAUCUAUGGAUCACCGUGAAACACUUGAAAGACAACAAUUCGAAUUAAAUUUAAAGGAAUCCAGAAAAAGGACAGAAUUACAGAGAGAAUUGGAAGCUAAAGAGGAUGAAAUGGAGGAAAUGAGAAUUCAAUUUCAACGUAAAAUUCGAAAUCUCGAAUCGACUUUGGACGAUGCUCAACUUGAAAUUUCGUCUCUUCUUAAACAGAAAAAAGCUGCAUGGCAACGCAAUAGUCAGUCUGUUUCAAUGAAUGGGUCUUUGUUGGAUUUGGCUCAAAAGUAA